ACGUACAAAUCGCAUGAAUAUAUCUUUAAUCGCAUAAUGUUCGCAUACGUAAAAUUUAAUACGGAAUGUAAAAGACAUGAAGACAAAGAUAUUGUUGAUGUUACAAAAAUUAAACAUUUUAAUUUAAAUAAAUGGAAAAAUAAGUACCAUAAAAUAAAGUGCGGUACGAGUUUCUGCAUGGGCCUCAUUAUAUUUGUAGAAGAUACUAUUGAUGAAUUAAAGAAACUAAUUGCUACGAAAAGAGUCACAUUACCACCAAGAAAUAUAAGAGAAUCAGCAACAGAAACUGAUGCAGAAGAUAAUUUUACUGCAAAAAAGAAAGAAAAAUCGGAAGAAAUAAGGGAAGUGUUAAAACAAAAAAUUAAUGAUCUUGAAAAAAUAACAAUCAACGAAAUUAAUCAAGAAAAUCGAUCAAUAGGAAAUAAAAACAGAAAAUCAAACCAACAAUGCAUUUCAAAGGAUAAAUCUGAAAAAAAUGAAACAAAACGUACGACCGAAUGUAACAUUUUAUUACAUUAUAAUCUUGAAAAGGAAAACAAAACCUUGAAAUUACAAAUACUAGAAAAGAAUAGUAAAAUUGAUGAACAGUCAACACAGAUAAGAGAAUUAUCUACAUUGAAUAUUGAACUUCAAAAAAAUAUUAUUUCAUAUUUUGAUGAAUUUAAAGGUAAGCAUGAAAUUUCAGACAUGUGUCGGGAGCGUCCCAGAUAUGCACAAUAUGAAACAAAUACCACUCAGAUUGCUGAGUUAGUGUUAAGAUAAACUUAUAAAAUUUUAUUGAUGGUGUCUGU